UGUGGCGACAAGGGAGGCGAGUUCAUCUCUAGGGCUCCGGGAUGGCGUGGUCCUCGAGAAGAGUGGUAGCUUCUCUUGCCUCCUGCCCCCUAGUCCAGAGCAGGGGACACAGUUGUGGUCCCCGCGGGCGUCACCUAGCGUGCCUGAUGGUGCAAUGGUUAGCGAUGCUGCAGCUGCUCUGGAUGCAGCUGCUGCUGCUGGGGGUUCACCAGGGCAGCGCCCAAGAUUUGACUCACACCCAGGAUCCGGCCCUCGAGUGGCGUGAUAAAGGAAUUUUCAUUAUCCAGAGCGAGAGCCUGAAGACAUGCAUUCAGGCAGGUAAAUCUGCACUGACCCUGGAGGACUGCAAGCAGGCGAACGAGCACAUGUUGUGGAAAUGGGUUUCCGACAGCCACCUCUUCAACGUGGGAGGCGCUGGCUGCCUAGGCCUGAACAUAUCUGAUCUGGAGCAGCCGUUAAGGCUCUAUGACUGCGAUUCUACCCUCGUUUCCCUGAGAUGGUACUGUGACAGGAAGACGAUCGUGGGCCCACUGCAGUACAAGGUCCAGGUGAAGCAUGACAACACAGUGGUGGCAAGAAAAGAGCUCCACAGGUGGAUCACCUACAUGCCCAGUGGUGGGGACAUUUGUGAACAUCCUCACAGAGAUGUGUAUACAUUAAAAGGGAAUGCCCACGGGAUGCCUUGCAUGUUCCCCUUCCAGUUCAGACGUCAGUGGCAACAUGAAUGUAUCCGAGAAGGGCAUAAAGAACGCCUGCUGUGGUGCGCCACCUCGAGCCGCUACGACGACGAUGAGAAAUGGGGAUUCUGCCCAGAUCCUACCUCUACAAAGCUGUUCUGUGACGCUACGUGGCAAAGGGAUGGCAAUACAAGCAUUUGCUACCAAUUCAAUCUGCUGUCGUCUCUCUCUUGGAACAAGGCCCACUCUUCAUGCCUGAUGCAAGGAGGUGCUCUGUUAAGUAUCACAGAUGAAGAUGAAGAAGCUUUCAUAAGGAAGCAGUUGAGCCGGGUUGCUAAAGAAGUGUGGAUUGGUUUGAAUCAGAUGGAUGAGAAGUCUGGCUGGCAGUGGUCCGAUGGGACAGCACUCAGCUACCUCAACUGGAGCCAAGAGAUAACUCCUGGGCCAUUUGCUGAGUAUCACUGUGGGACCCUGAUGGUUGCCUCUGCUGCCUGGAGGAGCAGGGACUGCGAGUCGGCCUUGCCUUACAUAUGCAAACGGUAUCUAAACCACACUGCCCAGGAAAUCCUCGAAAAGGACUCCUGGAAAUACCACGCCACUCGCUGUGAUCCUGACUGGACUCCCUUCAAUCGUAAAUGCUACAAACUUAAGAAAGAAAAGAAGUCCUGGCUGGGGGCUCUGCACUCUUGCCAGUCUAACGACAGCGAGCUGAUGGAUGUAGCUUCAUUAGCAGAGGUGGAGUUUCUUAUAAACCUCCUUGAGAAUGAAAAUGCAUCAGAAACAUGGAUUGGUUUGGGUAGCAAUAGAAUUCCAGUUUCCUUUGCGUGGUCUAGCGGCUCCUCGGUCAUCUUCACGAACUGGUAUCCUCUCGAGCCUCGAAUUCUUCCAAACAGAAGACAACUGUGUGUCUCAGCAGAGCAAUCUGAAGGACGCUGGAAAGUGAAAAGUUGUAAAGAAACACUCCCUUACAUUUGUAAGAAAGCAGGGCAAGUCUCUGCUGAUGAGGACUCCGGAUGUCAAGUGGGCUGGGAGAGACACGGCAGAUUUUGUUACAAAGUCGACACAGUCCUGAGAAGCUUUGAGCAGGCUUCCAGUGGUUAUUACUGCUCUCCUGCCCUCCUAACCAUCACCAGCCGAUUUGAACAAGCUUUUAUUACCAAUUUGAUCAGUAGUGUGGCAAAAAAGGACAGUUAUUUUUGGAUUGCUCUUCAAGACCAAAACAAUACAGGAGAGUACACAUGGAAGACCGUGGGACCGAGGGAGCCGGUGCAGUACACGUACUGGAACACACAUCAACCCAGCAAUCGUGGUGGCUGUGUUGUCGUGCGAGGAGGAAGUUCACUUGGUCGCUGGGAAGUGAAGGAUUGUAGCAACUUUAAGGCAAUGUCUCUGUGCAAGACACCAGUCAAAAUCUGGGAGAAAACAGAGUUUGAGGAGAGGUGGCCCUUUCACCCCUGCUCUAUGGAUUGGGAAUCAGACACUGGUCUGGCCAGUUGCUUCAAGGUGUUUCAUAGCGAAAAGGUCCUGAUGAAAAGAUCGUGGAGAGAAGCAGAAGCCUUCUGUGAGGAGUUUGGAGCUCACCUUGCAAGCUUUUCCCAUAUAGAGGAAGAAAAUUUCGUGAAUAAGCUUCUACAUGCAAAAUUUAAUUGGACACAGGAAAGGCAGUUCUGGAUUGGAUUUAAUAAACGGAACCCACUGAAUGCCGGUUCUUGGGCGUGGUCUGAUGGGUCUCCUGUUGUCUCUUCAUUUUUAGACAAUGCUUAUUAUGAAGAAGAUGCAAAAAAUUGUGCUGUGUAUAAGGCAAACAAAACAUUGUUGCCCUCGAACUGUGCUUCCAAACACGAGUGGAUAUGCAAAAUUCCAAGAGAUGUGAGACCCAAUUUUCCAGACUGGUACCAGUACGAUGCGCCCUGGCUCUUCUAUCAGAACGCCGAGUACCUCUUCCACACCCACCCGGCGGAGUGGGCCGCCUUUGAGUUUGUCUGCGGCUGGCUGCGAAGUGAUUUCCUCACAAUUUAUUCUGCUCAGGAGCAAGAAUUUAUCCACAGCAAAAUCAGAGUGCUAUCAAAGUAUGGUGUGAAUUGGUGGAUCGGACUUGAAGAAGGAAGAACCAGAGAUCAAAUUCAGUGGAGUAAUGGGUCACCCGUGAUAUUCCAGAACUGGGACAAAGGAAGAGAAGAAAGGGUGGAUAACCCGGGAAAGCGAUGUGUCUUCAUAUCUUCCAUAACAGGGCUCUGGGGGACUGAGAACUGUUCUGUUCCUAUGCCCAGCGUCUGUAAGAGAGUGAAAAUUUGGGUCAUCGAGAAGGAAAAGCCACCAGUACAGCAUGGGACGUGCCCCAAGGGGUGGCUUUAUUUUAACUAUAAGUGCUUCAUGGUGACAAUCCCCAAGGACCCGAGGGAGCUGAAGACCUGGACGGGUGCUCAGGAAUUCUGCACUGCCAAGGGUGGGACGCUGGUCUCCAUCGAGAGUGAAUUGGAACAAGCUUUCAUUACUAUGAAUCUUUUCGGCCAGACCACGAACGUGUGGAUAGGGUUACAAAGUGAUAAUCAUGAGAAAUGGGUAAAUGGGAAGCCUGUACUGUAUUCUAACUGGUCUCCAUCUAAUAUAAUAAAUAGUCCAAGUUAUAAUACCACUGAAGUUCAAAAGCGUGUUUCUCUCUGUGCCCUGGUGUCAAGUAAUCCUAAUUUCCAUUUUACUGGAAAAUGGUAUUUCGAUAACUGUGGGAAAGAAGGCUAUGGAUUUGUCUGUGAAAAAAUGCAAGAUAUCCCUGAACACCACAUAAACGCGUCCGAUGCACAUGCAAUCCCCAGUACAGUAGAAUAUGGAAACAGAACUUAUAAAAUAAUCCAUGGUAAUAUGACUUGGUAUGCAGCAGGAAAGGCCUGCCGGAUGCUCAGAGCAGAACUGGCCAGCAUUCCAAAUGCCUUUCACCAGUCCUUCCUCACGGUUCUCCUCAGCAGGCUGGGACACGCCCACUGGAUUGGACUCUCCAGUGCAGAUAAUGGUCUGAAUUUUGACUGGUCAGAUGGCACCAAAUCUCCUUUCACCUAUUGGAAAGAUGAGGAGUCAUCCUCUCUUGGUGACUGUGUUUUCGCUGACACCAAUGGACGCUGGCAUAACACAGCCUGCGAGUCAUUUCUGCAAGGCGCCAUUUGUCACGUACUCACAGAAACAACGGCACUUGAGCAGCCAGUGCUGUGCUCAGAAACAUCAGUUCCCUGGAUAAAAUUUAAAGGUAAUUGCUACAGUUUCUCUACAGUCCUGGACAGCAGGAGUUUUGAGGAUGCUCAAGAAUUUUGCAAAAGAGAAGGAUCUAAUCUUUUGGCAAUCAAGGAUGAGACUGAAAAUGCAUUUCUCCUGGAAGAGCUUCUUGCUUUCGGUUCUUCCGUCCAGAUGGUUUGGUUGAAUGCUCACUUCGAUAAUAACAACAAAACCUUAAGGUGGUUUGACGGAACACCCACAGACCAGUCUAACUGGGGCCUUCGGAAGCCAGACACCGUCCGCCUCAAGCCCCCUCCGUGUGUUGUCCUGAGGAUCCCGGAAGGAAUAUGGCAGUUUACCCCAUGCGAAGACAAAAGGGGAUUCAUAUGUAAAAUGGAAGCAGACAGUCCAGCUGUAAUGGCGCAUCCAGAGAAAGGACUAAGCCACAGCAUCGUUCCUGUCACAGUAGCACUGACAUUGAUAAUAGCCCUGGGCAUUUUUGUGCUUUGCUUCUGGAAAUACAAGCAGAACAGUGGCAUCUUCCAGAGACUCACGUGGUUUCGGGGUCCUUACCAUCCCACGCUCAGCUUCAGUACAGCACAUUUAGAAGAGAACAUUCUCAUCUCUGAUCUUGAAAAGAAUACUAAUGAUGAAGAAGUUAGAGAGGCUCCAGCUACGGAGAGCAAAAGGAGCCACAAAGGGCGUCCUAUCUGCAUUUCCCCUUAACAGGAUGCCGUCAUGAUGUGAACCGAGCCUCUGUUUUAAUUAGUCUUCAAGCACUGGUUUUGAAUUUUAACCAAAUCAGAUGGGAUUUAAUGUAUUCAUUUCCUUCAACCCUGGCCCAUUCUGAAAAGGGGCACUGGUUAUUAUUUAAAAAGACAAGAACUAUUAAGUAGAAUUCUCAAGCCAGUCUGGUAUGCAUUCAGCAUGUAAGUACACUCCAUACACUGAAGAGAAAGGGGAGUGUCCUCUCACUGUACGUGACAGGAAGGUGAGAGUCAGUGCUUGUUUGAUUCUAAUUCAACCAUUUUUUAAUAGCGUGGUUUGGGAAAAUCCUAAAUUUUAAACUUUAGGUUCUGGGCUCUCAACUAAUACUUUGGAUGAUAUAAAGUUUUAUUAGAUCUGAUUCUCAAGCAAAAUGGGAGAAAUACCACCUUCUCCUAAAUAUGAAGAUCUCAGUAUGCAGGCCACUCUGAGGAACAACUACAUGGUUUAAUAUGAGCCACAAACCCUCACUUGUUAAGUUAUUACCAUGAUUUAAAGGUAUUUUUUAAGUAAGCCCAAAGAAAUGCACUGAGAUUUCAAUAUUGUUAAAGUUCAUGGGCCUUAUUAAAAAAAUAAAAUCUAAAGUUAUAAAAUACUAUAUAAUAAUCUUUUGUUAUUGUUCUGUUAGGUUUGGUUUGGUUUUCAAGACCUGGUUUCUCUAUGUAAACAGUCCUGGAACUCACUUUGUAGGCCAGGCUAGCUUCAAACCCUCUGUCUCUGCCUCCCAAGUGCUAGGAUUAAAGGCGUGUGCUACCACUGCCAGGCACUAUAUAAUCUAACCAGGACUUACAGAAGUUUGUACAGGCAAACUUACAGAUAAAAGAAAAUUGAAAAUCUGAAUUAUGUUCCCAUUAGAACCAAACUAGACAGGGUGUUGAAAAAUACUAAAUAAAAUGACCCUGGAGUGGGUAUUUUCAAAUAAACUGUCAAUUCCGACCAUCUCUUUUUUUUGACUUGGAUUAGUUGAUGCCAUUGGUUGAUUAAUAAGGAUUAAGAGCGUGAUAUUUGGGGCCAGGAGACAGUUCAGUUGCUAAAGCAUCUGCUGUGCCAUCUUGAGGACCUGAGUUCAAAUCCCCAACACCCACAUAAAGACUAGGUGCAGUGGUGCACAUCUGUAAGCCCAGCUCUGGGAUGGGUAUGGGACAAAACAAGGGGAGUCCCUGGAGCUCUUUUGCCAGCCAGUCUGGCCAAGUUGAUCAAGUUGAUGAAUUUCAGGUUCAGUGGCAGAUAUCGUCUCAAAAACUAGUGUGGGAAAAGAUACCUAAUG